AUAACACUGAGUUCGUACACUUUAAGCCAGUAAGGCGACGCUUACUGGCUUCUAUAAAAUUUUAGAAAAUAAAAAUGAAGUCACUAAUAUAUGCAUUACUCCUUGCUUACCUUUCAAAUGGUGUGUUAAGUGAGAAAUUUCGAUAUGACAACUACACCGUUUUUAGAAUUCAUAUGGAGAAUGAAGAGCAAAUGAAAGUACUGAAAGACCUUCAAGACACUGAUUUCCGGUUUGACUUCUGGACGCCACCUGAACAUCCGUCGAAGUUAGUGCAAGUUAUGGCUGGUCCAGAAGACAAGGAUGAUCUGCAGAAAUUGUUGACUGAACAUAAUAUGAUUGCUGAAAUCAGCAUGAAUAAUGUGCAAGAGUUCAUCGACAAGCAAACUAUUAAGCGCUACACAAGAAACGAGAUCGGAAGCAUGACGUGGAACGCUUAUUACAGUCUAGAAGAUAUAUACGCCUGGCUUGACGACGUUGUAGCACAAUACCCCGACGUUGCCACAAAAGUCAUCGGAGGCCAAACCUACGAGGGCCGAGAAAUAGUAGGAAUCAAAAUAUCCCAUGGACCGGGCAAGAAAAAUAUCUUUAUAGAAGGUGGUAUUCAUGCCAGGGAAUGGAUUUCGCCACCAACAGUUUGUUUUAUAAUUCAUGAGCUGUUGACUAGCCCGGUUCCUGAAAAUAUGGCAGCGGCUAGAGAUUUUGACUGGCACAUUUUCCCUGUUGUUAAUCCUGAUGGAUACAAAUUUUCCUUCGAAAGUCAAAGGUUUUGGCGUAAGAACAGGCGUGUUUUCAGCAACGGCAUCGGAGUCGACUUAAAUCGGAACUGGAACAGUAACUGGUUGGUACAUGGUGCGAGUACCAACCCAAGUUCCGACAUCUACGCCGGCACCGGCCCGUUCUCGGAGAUCGAAACCAGGUCCCUGUCUAGAUACAUGAGGGCCAUUGGAGACCAGAUGCAGAUGUUCCUCACGUUCCAUUCUUAUGGGCAGAUGCUGCUGCUGCCUUUCGGGAACACGUCUGAACCUUUGGCGAAUUAUAAUGAAGCGAUGAACAUUGGUCGUCGAGCAAUGGGUGCUUUAUCUGUUAGAUAUGGGACAGAAUACGUCACAGGCAACAUCGUAGAAGUUUUAUACGAAGCAACUGGAGGCACUGACGAAUGGGUCAAGGAGCAUCUCCACGUCCCCAUAGUUUACUGCUAUGAGCUUCGCGACCAGUUGCAGUAUGGCUUCCUCCUGCCUCCAGAACAGAUCCUGCCCACGGGCCUGGAGACCAUGGACUCGGUGGUAGACCUGAUCCAUCAGAUGAAGCGGUUUGGCACCAUGGCGAGCGCUGGCGUGGCGGGGAAAGCAUCGAUGAUGAUGCUACUGGGUAUAGUCAUGGAAUAUUUUUUGUAGGGAGAAGUGGUGAUUUCAAUGGGGAAAAAAAAAAGAAGGUUCCAAGAUUAGUCAUUUUUAUAGAUGGAAUAAUUUACUUCUUUGAUGGAAUAAAACAAAUCAAUAGAAAAA